CCUCUUGCUCCCUCGGCCGGGCGGCGGUGACUGUGCACCGACGUCGGCGCGGGCUGCACCGCCGCGUCCGCCCGCCCGCCCGCCAGUAUGGCCACCACCGCCACCUGCACCCGCUUCACCGACGACUACCAGCUUUUCGAGGAGCUCGGCAAGGGUGCCUUCUCAGUGGUACGAAGAUGCGUGAAGAAAACGUCUACGCAGGAAUAUGCAGCAAAAAUCAUCAAUACCAAGAAGUUGUCGGCCCGGGAUCAUCAGAAACUAGAACGAGAGGCCCGGAUAUGCCGACUUCUGAAACAUCCAAACAUUGUGCGCCUCCAUGACAGUAUUUCUGAAGAAGGGUUUCACUACCUCGUGUUUGACCUAGUUACUGGAGGGGAGUUGUUUGAAGACAUUGUGGCCAGAGAGUACUACAGUGAAGCUGACGCCAGCCACUGUAUACAUCAGAUCCUGGAGAGUGUUAACCACAUCCACCAGCAUGACAUUGUCCACCGCGACCUGAAGCCUGAGAACUUGCUGCUGGCGAGCAAAUGCAAGGGUGCUGCGGUCAAGCUGGCUGAUUUUGGCCUCGCCAUCGAAGUGCAGGGAGAGCAGCAGGCUUGGUUUGGUUUUGCUGGUACCCCAGGUUACUUGUCCCCUGAGGUCUUGAGGAAAGAUCCCUAUGGAAAACCUGUGGAUAUCUGGGCCUGUGGGGUCAUCCUGUACAUCCUCCUGGUGGGCUACCCUCCCUUCUGGGAUGAGGAUCAGCACAAGCUGUAUCAGCAGAUCAAAGCUGGAGCCUACGAUUUCCCAUCACCAGAGUGGGACACGGUCACUCCUGAAGCUAAGAACUUGAUCAACCAGAUGCUGACCAUUAACCCAGCAAAGCGCAUCACAGCUGACCAGGCUCUGAAGCACCCAUGGGUCUGUCAACGGUCUACAGUGGCAUCCAUGAUGCAUCGCCAGGAGACGGUGGAGUGCCUGCGUAAAUUCAAUGCCCGGAGAAAACUGAAGGGUGCCAUCCUCACAACCAUGCUUGUCUCCAGGAACUUUUCAGUUGGCAGGCAGAGCUCCGCCCCCGCCUCGCCUGCCGCGAGCGCCGCCGGCCUGGCCGGGCAAGCUGCCAAAAGCCUAUUGAACAAGAAGUCAGAUGGCGGUGUCAAGAAAAGGAAGUCGAGUUCCAGCGUGCACCUAAUGCCACAGAGCAACAACAAAAACAGUCUCGUAAGCCCAGCCCAAGAGCCCGCGCCCUUGCAGACGGCCAUGGAACCACAAACCACCGUGGUACACAAUGCUACAGAUGGGAUCAAGGGCUCUACAGAGAGUUGCAACACCACUACAGAAGACGAAGACCUCAAAGCUGCCCCGCUCCGCACUGGGAAUGGCAGCUUGGUGCCCGAAGGACGGAGCCCCCGGGACAGAACAGCCCCCUCUGCAGGCAUGCAGCCCCAGCCUUCUCUCUGCUCCUCAGCCAUGCGAAAACAGGAGAUCAUUAAGAUCACAGAACAGCUGAUCGAAGCCAUUAACAAUGGGGACUUUGAGGCCUACACGAAGAUUUGUGACCCGGGCCUCACUUCCUUUGAGCCAGAAGCCCUUGGUAACCUCGUGGAGGGGAUGGAUUUCCAUAAGUUUUACUUUGAGAACCUCCUGUCCAAGAACAGCAAGCCCAUCCAUACCACCAUCUUAAACCCACAUGUCCACGUGAUCGGGGAGGACGCAGCUUGCAUCGCCUAUAUCCGUCUCACCCAGUACAUCGACGGGCAGGGUCGGCCUCGCACCAGCCAGUCAGAGGAGACCCGAGUGUGGCACCGCCGGGAUGGCAAGUGGCUCAACGUCCACUACCACUGCUCAGGGGCCCCUGCCGCACCACUGCAGUGAGCUCAGCCACAGGGGCAUUAGGAGAUUCCAGCUGGAGGUUGAACCUUCGAAGCCAGUGACUCUGGAGGGCCUGAGUGACAGCGGCAGUCCUGUUCGUUUGAGGUUUAAAACAAUUAAAUUACAAAGCGGCAGCAGCCAAUGCACGCCCCUGCAUGCAGCCCUCCCGCCCGCCCUUCGUGUCUGUCUCUGCUGUACCGAGGUGUUUUUUUUACAUUUAAGAAAAAAAAGAAAAAGAUUGUUUAAAAAAAAAUGGAAUUCAUACCAUGAUGCGUUUUAAAACAACUGAUAGCCCUUGGGCUUGCAAGAAGGCAGGAGUUUGUAUGACUUCAUCCAGGCGUGAACAGUGGGCUCACCCACCAGCUUUGAAGAGGUGAGCUUGGCCUCAGGCCCCCAUGGACUCAGGGGGACCAGGCAAGGACUCUUGACAGAGCUUUGGGAGCCAUGGGUGGUUGCAGCCCCAGAGGUGGCCUGAUCACCCCAGGGCUAGGAGUGGACUUCUUCAGAACACGCAUUGACACCUAGGUGAGAUGGAAGAAAACACCAUGGCUGUUGGACCUACUUGGGAGAGAACGCGGCACUCCCAGCCUGCCAAGGAGGCGGCUGAGAAACAGAGGCCUCAGGACUGAAGGCCUGGACUUUCUGUACCGUUCCAGUUAGUGUAGACAGGAAGAGAAUUGGUGCUGCAGAAGUGUGUCCGCUACGAAGCCGACGAGAAACCUCGUGUUAAUCUGACAUGCACUCAUUCAUUCAU